AUGAGGCUGGAGUUCAACCGCAAGAUGUCUUCGGGGAACGCCGAAAACGCCAUCGCCGGGGGAACAUCAGCCACCGACAUCGGCUCCGACUCAGCAACGGAGCAAGGACCCGUUGAGGAGGUGCGCGCGCUGCUGAACUUUCUCAAGAUCGAGGUGGAGAUCAGGGAGAAAACAUCCAAGGAACAACACGAAGACGCCGGCGGUAAGCCUGCACAUUGUUUCCCCAUGCAUGAACAUCCGAAGAGGCGCCUAAACAACGUCAAGACUCGGAACGCUACCGCUACGGCCUUGCAUGGCAGGACGGACAGCAUGGAAUGCUUUCUUUGCAAAUCAAAGGCGCACAGCACACCAGACUGUAACGCGAAGAUCGAACUAAAUGAAAAGAAGCGCAGGCUGCAAGCCAAUCGGAGGUGCUUCCGGUGCACAAAGCCGAACCACACGGCAAGAAUGUGUCGCGGCACGCUCCGUUGUGACAGGUGUGGAGGAAGGUAUGUAUCCACUAUGUGUGAUCCAGAUUACUUGCCGGGACGAGCUGCCAGCGGAUUGGAUGAAACGCGAAAGAAAGACAGGACGCCUCUCAACCUGCAUGUGAGCGAGAAGGGCAACAAACCGGCUGUCCUUCUGCAAACGGUUACCGCGUGGGUGGAAAGCAAGAACAGAAGAAAGUUGGCCCGCAUUCUCUUCGACAGUGGUAGUCAGCGCUCCUUCAUUACAGAGGAGCUGUCGAGGGGUCUUGGUUGCAAGCUUCUCGGAACGGAGGUUCUUACCGUAGGAGUGUUCGGUGGCAAGACUAGCGAACAAACGUAUCGUAGAGUUCAAGUAGUUUUGAGUAAUCGUCUAACCGGCCAGACAUACGAGAUAGACGCCCUCGAGACGCGUUCUAUCUGCGAACAAGAACUUCCAGGCUCGGAUGAAGACAUCAUGGUGAAUAUGGAGGAGCUCGGACUAACGGUUGGUGACGACCUGAACGGACUCGAGUGCAACGGCGUAGGAAUCCUCUUAGGAUCGGAGCACUACUGGGGGUGCGUUACGGGAAGAGUCCGUAGAUUGAGCGAGAACCUGACGGCAGUGGAGACCGCCUUUGGUUGGGCAGUACAUGGACGCUCCCAGGCGACUGCAGCUGUUGUCAACUGUUCCCAAGUGAUCGUCCUCAGAGCUGCCGUGAGCGACCAGGAGAACACGGCUGUUCUUAGAGGAUUUUGGGAGCUUGAGAGUAUGGGAGUUGUGGACGCAGAGGUUCAGGAUCACUCCGAUAGCGACAUCAUGCAGCGCUUUGAGAAAAGCAUCACCAAAUCUGAUCGAAGAUACGAAGUGAGCCUCCCUUGGAAACCUGAUGUAAAGCUUGAUUGCAACCGAGAGAUGGCUUGGAAAAGACUCGAAAGCCAACGAAAGAGGCUGAGCAAGAAUCCUGAGCUCAUGCAGAGAUAUAAUCAGGCAGUCCGGCUUUACGUCGAGAACGGAAUGGCUGAGAGGGUCGAGAGAGACGAUAACUCGGGUGAACACAAGGGUCCCGAUGAGAGACCAUUGGGACAACAGACGGGUGUGUUGAAGGUGCUCGGUCUGACGAGGAAGCCGAAUGAAGACAGCGUUUCCUUUUCGGCAGAACACGUGAUUGAGUUUGCCCGCCAACGAAGAAACACCAAGCGUUUCGUGCUCCAGACGACAGCACGACUGUAUGACCCCCUUGGUUUCCUCUCCCCCUUCGUGGUGCGAGCCAAGAUCUUGUUUCCGGAAAUCUGUAAGCUGAAUCUGCGCUGGGACGAUAUACUGCCGGAAGAACUGAUGAGUGACUGGAACAACUGGUGCGACGAGCUCACCACACUUCAGCAAAUUAACGUGCCCAGAUUCUACGACAGCGAGCUGAAGGGCAACGUUGUACAUCGAACGUUGCACGUGUUCUCUGAUGCCAGCACCUCCGCAUACGGAUCCAUGAUCUUCAUCUGCUCAACGGAUGACACCGGAGAAACGACCGCGACACUCUUACUGGCUAAGUGCCGCGUGUCGCCCCUAAAGGAAAUCUGCCUUGCUAGAUUAGAGCUCAUGGCAUGCUUGAUUGGAUCGAAGCUGUUUAAGUACGUAAGGACACACCUCGAAAUCAAAGUGGAUGAAGUCCACUUCUGGACGGAUUCCAUGAUCGCUCUGCAUUGA